AGCUAACAACGUUGUUGGCUGUAGUCUGUCUGUCGUUUGUCCGAAUUACGCCAAAAACAAAAAAAAAAAAAUCAAAUACGAAACAGAGAACAAAAACUAAUAAAAGGAAUACAAUACAAUAAAAUAACAGCACAACACAACAAUAUUAAUAUAAAUAUAUAUAAAGUUUGUUGUAUUUAUUAGAAAACGUCGAAACGGUUUUCAUUUUUUGUUGUGAGAGAAACGUUUUGAAAUUUACCGACAAAUUGAAAUUCGUCGAAACUUGCAUACAUCUGUGUAGACGAGCGUAAACAUGUCUUUUCGCUCACGUUCCCGUGCCAGCCAACCGUUGGGUUCCACCUCUUCGAGACGGCGUUCUUUGUCCAGUUCCAGGGUUCAAGGUGCCGGCGCCUAUAACUACAAUGGCACAUCGUAUGGCAGUGGUCUAUCUAAUGGCGGCUACAGUUCUUCGUCAAGUUCCUCGAGACCCCUGAGUACCGGUUACUAUCAAAAUGGUUCCAAUUCGAAUUUAGCCUCAUCAUCGUACUAUCAAAGUCCCUAUGCCAGUACAUACUCCUCCAGAGAUAAUCUCUAUGGCAGUGGCACAUCAGCGGGACGCAAUAGUAACAGUUAUUAUUCGAAUGCCUCCUCCAAUGGUUAUGAAGCGCCCACAUCUCGCUACUCGUCCUCAAAUUCCUACGGCUCCGAUCAUCGUUACAAAAGUCCCUAUGCCUCGUCCUAUGAUAAUGGCAUCACUACAGCUUCGUUGAGUUUGGGUACAGCUGCUGCCAAAAAUUCCAAUUCCUAUUUGAAUAAAAAUCUCUCCAGUUCACGUUCCUCGCUCAGUGCAACAAAACCCAUGUCGUCAUCGAAUAGCAGCUUAAAUGGAUAUUCCGGCAGUUCAGCGGCAUCAACACCAAAUGCGGCGGCAAUGGCUGCCAUUGUUUCGCGUAGCAGUUCUCUGCGGGAACAGGAGAGGAAAUCGCGUACACGUUCCCGUUCACGUACAGCUGCCCAGAGAUCUCUCAGUGCCUCAUCGGAGAAGAGUGAAGGUUAUGAAAGCGGUAGUGAAAAUCGUGCUUCACGAUCACGUGCCGGUAGCACAGUGUCGGUAGCCACAUCGACCAGUUCGGCCACAGACGAUAAGAAGACUCGUGAUAAAACAGAAAGCAGUGGUGAUAAUAUCGAUUACAAAGCCUUGUGGGAAGCUGUGAAAUUGGAAAAUGAAAAACUACGGGCACAGCUGAAGAAGAAAGACGACGAGGUUAUACAGACACGUGCCACAUUGGAAAGAUUUGCUAAUGCUACAAAUAAAAAUUCUCUGUCAGAGAUUGAAAAGCGCGAAAGGAGAGCUAUGGAACGAAAACUUUCCGAAUUGGAAGAAGAGCUCAAGCUACUACAGAAGUUAAAGAAUGAGAACGAACGUUUACGUGCUGAAAAUCGUGCUCUCACACGUGUUGUCUCGAAGUUGACCUCAUCGGCCCAGAGUCAACUAUCGAAGGCCAAUAAUAAACAAUAAUAAUAAUAAUUCAAAUAAAUAUUCAAAAAAAAAAAAAUAAUAUGGAAUAGUUAAACAGCACAAUAUUUAUUUAUAUAAGAAAACCAAACAACUCGAAUAUUUAUACUUAAUAAUAGUUUUUCUAUUUAUUAUGAAAACAUGCCAAAUUGAACUGCUCUAGAAAACCAAAAACAAAAAAAAAAAAAACAAAAAAAAAAAAAAAAAAACUAUAUAUCAAAACGUAUCAAAACAACAAAUAUUCAAAUUUUCUUGCACCAAAACAAAAACCAAAAUCAAAUAAAUAACCAAAAACUACAAGUAGUUAAACAUAAUAUUUAGUGGAAAUGUAUUUAUUAGUUUUUUUUCUUUUGUUGUUGAUUUCUCAUUUUCUCGCUCUCUCUUUCGAAAAAAAAACCAAAAAUUAUUUUUCCUAGUUUUUAAGUGAUGUGAAGUAUUUAAAAGCCAAUAUUUAUAUAUUUACUAGAUAUUAUAUUCUUGGAAACAAAAAGUCUAUAUUUUCUUAGUCAUAAUUUGUUGUUGUCGAUAAUAAAUAUUGUAUUUACUUAUUUUUAUAGGUGUAUUGUUUUGUUGAAUGAUAACGAAGAAAAAAUGAAAACAUAUCAUUUUACCAUUCAAAAGUAUAUUUUUUUCGAUUUUUAAAUGAAAUAUAUUUGUUGGAUAACGAAAUCGAAAACAAAUGGAUUUUAUACAAAGCACGGAUCCCUAAUUAGGCUCAAGUUUGAUAAUAUGAGUAAUGCCUACUUUUGCGGAUUUUUUUACUAUUCGAAGAUUUUACGUUCUUAUAAGAAAGAAAUGUACAGAUUAUCUGUUAGAAGAAUAAUUCAUCUUGACGUGACUUAACAAUCGACAACUUUUACAGAUCUCCAAAAAAUCUACAGAUUUUCCUCCAUAGGUCUAGGUUCUCCAAUAAAAAAGAUUUUAAGAUCUUCUAUAAUAGCAGCAUCAGAUCUUUUGUGAAGAUCAUUAGAUUUUCUGUGAAAUGAUAAGAUCUUCUGUGAGAAUAUCAUCAGAUCUUCUAUAUAACCUGGUGAGAUCUUCACUUGAGAAUAUCAUGAGAUCUUCUAUAAGAAGAUCAUCAGAUCUUUUAUAAGAAGAUCAUCAGAUCUUCUAUACGAAGAUCAUAAGAUUUUCUAUAAGAAGAUCGUAAGAUCUUCUCUUUUGGCGAUCAUCAGCUCGUAAGAUCUUCACUUUUGGCGAUCAUCAGCUCUUCUAUAGGAAGAUCCCUCUUCCCUCUUGAGAAGAUCAUCAGAUCUUCUCGGAAGAAGAUCAUAAACUCUUCUAUAAGAAGAUCGUGAGAUCUUCUCUGAAGAAUAUAAUCAGCUCUUCUAUAAGAAGAUUGUAAAAUAUUUUCUGGAGAAGAUAAUAUUAAGAAAAUCGUGAUAUAUUAUUUUGAGACGAUCAUUACCUCUUUAAAAGAUCUAUAGAUCUUCUCUUAACUAACAGAUCAUCAGAUCAUCUCUUGAGAAGAUCAGCAGACAUUUUUGAGAUCAUCUCUUGAGAAGAUCAUCAGAUCUUCUCUUGAGAGAAUUAUCAAAUCAUGAGAAGAUCAUAUAUAAGAUCUUAUAUAAGAAGACCGUAGGAUCUUCUCUUGAAAAGGUCUUUUAAAAGAAGAUCGUAAGAUCUUCUUCUUAGAAGAUUAUUAGAUAUUCUAGAAUAAGAGAUCUUUUCUUGAAAAGAUCAUCAGAUUUUCUCUUGAGAAGAUCAUCAAAUCAUCUCAUGAGAAGAUCAUCGGAACUUCUCUUGAGAAGAUCUUCUGUUCUUCAAUAAGAAGAUCGAGAGAUCUUCUCUUAAGAAGAUCAUCAGAUCUUAUAUAAGAAGACCGUAGGACCUUCUCUUGAAAAAGUCUUAUAUAAGAAGAUUAUUAGAUAUUCUAGAAUAAGCUCGUGAGAUAUUUUAGGUGAAAAUCUUCUAUUGAGAAGAUCAUCAGAUCUUUUCUUGAGAAGAUCAUUAGCUCUUCUAUAAGAAGAUCAUUAGCUCUUCUAUAAGAAGAUCAUUAGCUCUUCUAUAAGAAUAUCAAGAUAUCUUCUCUUGAGAAGAUUAUAAGAUCUUCUAUAAGAAGAUUUUCUAGAAAUGCUGGUAAGAUCUUUUAUGAAAAGAUCUUCUAUGAGAAUAUCGGAAGACCUUUAAUGAGAAAUCGUUAGAUCUGCUAUGGGAGGAACUAUGAGGAGUUCGUUAGAUCUUAUAUAAGAAGACCAAGGUUUUUAAUGGGAAGAUCGUAAGAUAUUCUAUUGAAAUAUCGUAAGACCUGCUAUAGGAGGAUCUUGAGAUCAUAAGAUCUUCUAUAUGAAGAUCGAGCGGUCUUCUCUUGAGAAGAUUAUCAGAUCUUCUAUAAGAUCGUGGGGUCAUCUUUCCUUUGAGAAGGUCUUCUAUAAGAAGAUCGUGAAAUCUUUUCUUAAGCAAAACUACUUUAAGAAGUUCGUGAGAUCUGCUCUUGAGGAGAUUAUUGAAUCUUCUAGAAUAAGCUCGUGAGAUCUUUUAUUGAAGAUCUUCUAUGAGAAUAUCGUAAGACCUUUAAUGGAUAGAUUUUCUAUGAGAAGAUGUAUAUAUCUAUGACGAAGUCUUUAGAUCUUCUAUGAGAAGAUCGAUAGAUCUAUCUUAUAUAAGAAGACCAAAGGUCUUAAAUGAGAAGAUCGUAAGAUCUUUUGAAAUAUCGUAAGAUGUUCUAUAAGGUAAUAGUUUGAUGCUCCAGGAUUAAAUCGUUAAAUUUUUUAUGAGGAGAUCUGUAAAUCUUCCGGGAGAUGCUUUGCGUGAUGGUUGUUACAUAUUCUAUAAGAGGUUCGUUAGAUUCUACAUUCUACAUUCUACGAGAAUAUCGUUAGAUCACCUUAGAGAAGAAUCUUAGAUUCUCUAAGAUAUCAUUAAAUCUUACACAAGAUGAUUAUUGGAUAUUCUCCGGUAAAAUCGUCACAACUUUUGAGAAAAGUUCGUUCUUAAAAUAGUGGAUCUUCUAGGAUCGUUGGAUUUUGUAAAAGAAGAUCAUUGAGGGAAAAUGGAUCUUCCAAAAAAAAAGAGCUCCACAUUGUUUAACUAGUUUUCUAUGGGAAAUUCGUUCAAUCUUUGGAAAAAUGACUUGUUAUUCUAUGAAAGAUCAGCUGAUAUUUUACGGAAAGAUUAACUUAUGUUCUCUGAGAAUAUUCACAGAUAUUCCACGGACUUUCAGAUGUUAUUUCUUUCAGAAUAUCAUGAUUUUUCUAUGAGAUCUUCUUCAGAUGUUCUGUGAGGUCUGUUAUCUUCAAGAAAAUCUGUAUGAAAGUUUGUUAAAUCGUUUAUGAGAAAAUCUACAGAAAAUCUCUACCCCUAAAUUUUAAAUUUAUGUCUGUAUAAAUCCAUUUGCAUCCAAAUCUGUUUACAAAUUUUACCCCCACACAUAUUAACAACCAAAUUCUAGUUAAAAUAUUUCAAAUCAAAGGCAGUUGCCGUAUUGCGCAAAAUCAUAGAAAAAAUAUCAAAAUAUACCAAUCAAAUGUUCAUUACUUAGAUCUACUCUACUACCAAAAUACAAUGAGAUGGAAUUUAUAAAAUGUAAUACUCAAAUCAAUACCACCUACAAUAAAUACAAAGAAAUAUAUAAUAAAUCGAAAAAUAUUUAAACAAA